GCUGUGUAGGCGAUUGUCGAUUCUAGUGUGUUCUUCAUCUGUGAAUGAAAAAUGACGUACGUCAUCAACGUCGAGCUCUGUCAUUUUAUCUCAGGUCAUUAUUGACAUUGACGCUUGUCAUUUGAUUCUUUGAUUGCUUAAAGUUGUAACAGGUGAAAUACACUGAAAAAGUGUUAAUUUUAAGGAUCUUUGAGGUGUUUUAAAAUAAAAAUGGCGAGCUCAGACGCGAUACAAGUCAGUUCUCUACCGCUCCCUCCAAUGCAGUAUGUGAACCAGUACACGGACGAUAUGAUACGAAGGGGUAGGGCCCCAAAACCUCCACCUCCAAUAACAGAUACUUAUCAUAUGUUUGGAAACGCUUUUAAUACCGAAGAAAGUAUAAUAAGACCUUUGGAAAGCCAGGGAAUCAAGAGGCUCUACCCCCUCCACUUUGACAGACGCAGGGAACUAAAAAAGUUGAACCAGUCCUUACUUGCCAAUUUUCUUGAUUUACUGGACCUGCUUGUCAAUUGUCCAGAAUCACCUAAACGAGCAGAGAAGGUAGAAGACCUCAGCCUACUGUUUAUACAUAUACAUCACCUUUUGAAUGAGUUCAGGCCUCACCAAGCUAGGGAAACUCUCAGGGUGAUGAUGGAUCUCCAAAAAAGACAGAGGAUAGAGACUGCUAACAGAUUUCAGAAGCACCUAGAUAAAGUAAUGGAUAUCCUGCAACAUGCAAUCCAGAACCUGCCUGAACCUAUGGAACUCGACUCAAAGGUAAUGAUUGAAACAGAUUUAUUGAUGAAGCAGGAGAAGCAAGACAAUGCAGAUAGUAAUAAUGAUUCUUGUUAUAUUUUAGAUAGGAUAAUGUGUAAUAUUGUUGAUAAUAUGCAAUGAAAUAAUAAUGGUUUGCUGAAUUUUGUGAUAAUAAAGAUAUAUUUUUUCUA